AUGGCUACUGUGGUUUAUCUUCGAUCAUCUUCUCCGGACGGCUCGACGUCUGUCAAGCUCAUCUCUUCGAAAACAAAAGUAGCCCCUCUGAAACGGCUGAGUAUUCCUCACCUCGAGCUUUCGGCUACUCUUCUUCUGUCUCGGCUUAUUUCUUACGUCCAGAAAAUGCUCCCCCUAAACGGCGCGCCUGUCUAUCUCUGGACGGACUCAUCGGUUACUCUCACCUGGGUCUCUUCGCAACCAGCUCGCUGGAAAGACUUCGUCCGGAACCGAGUUUCACUCAUUCAAGACCUGACUUCAACGGCUAAAUGGCGCUUCAUUUCGGGAAAGGAGAACCCAGCGGACUGUGCUUCGCGAGGACUGACUCCUCUUCAGUUGUCCAAGCAUUCUCUCUGGUGGUCCGGUCCCACUUGGCUAAUGAACACUUCGGAAAACUGGCCGGCACCACCAAUAAAUCUUCCUACGGACGCUCCACUUGAGCAUCGGCCCGGCUUCAUCUUCACUUCAAACCUCGAACCAAUAGGCGAGAUUUGGGAUCUUGUACAUCGGUAUUCUUCAUUGACACGACUUCUUCGCAUCACGGCAAUGUGUCAACGGGCUCUUCAUCGAUUCGAGCGCUCCUCACCGGUUCGGACGGACAUACAGCUCACUCCAGACGAUCUUGAACCAGCAAGACUCUUCUGGGUGUUACAUACGCAAUCGGCUUACUUCUCUGCGGAACUUCGAUUAAUUUCAAACGGGAACUUUCUGGCUCGGGGUCAUUUCCUGUCGGCCUUAACUCCCUUCAUCAAUUCGCUUGGAACUUUUCGCGUCGGGAGACGCCUACAGCAUUCAAUUCUAAAUUCGGAAGUAAAACAUCCGGUGAUUCUUCCUCGUCAUUCGACGUUUACGACGCCCGUCAUCACUGACGCGCACUUCAAGACUCUUCACGGCGGAACUUAA